CGAUUCUACAAUCCUUAAUACUAUUACAUUCUUUUAUACAUUUCCUCGUCGAGAAAAACCACCCAGCUCAUUCUCACACAUCAACAGCAACCAUGAAGGCCUCAAUGGUUCUUAAGAUUUGCGCCAUUCUCAGCGGGUUGGCUCAGUCAUCACUCGCAACGGAAUCCGAUUAUUCUGAGAUUAUGAGAAAUCUCCAAGUUGAUCCUAAUGGGCUUCUCCAUGUUGAUGAAUUCGGGAUUAUGCGGUCUUUGGAUGGUGAUGGCAAAGUUAUUGAUUUUGCAAGACUCGGUCCUUCUCAUCUGAACACACUUGCUCAAAGGCGACCCGAAGAGGACCGAGAAGAACUGCUUGCGAUGUGGUCAGGUGCUGACCACUCUAUGAUUGAUGAUGAGGAGAUCUGGAAUCCAUCUGAAAAUAUUAUGGCAUCUAUCCGUGAGCGGGCGGCGGUGGAAGGCUCCAGUAAAGUGCGCACAUAAAAAAAUCACCUUGCCGGGUGUGAGGAUGUCGGGACCUGGUUUUGUGGUUCCAACUGCGGGUAGAUCCAGAUAUCGUAAAGCUUAAGACGUAACGUGAUUCCUAACGACCACUUGUAAACUCAUUUCGGCUGCUUCAAAUUAGAAAUCUCAGCGAAUACUUAUUGAAAAUAUCUAGUAGGAAACAAACAUUUAAUAAUUCAUGUAUAUCCGUGGACUUCUUGAAAGGUUUUCUCUAGCAAAUGAUGUUAUUGAUAAUAGUUGAUAUUUAAAAAACUUUGUGCAAACUUUUCAAAUAGAAUUCAUAAUACAACUGUAUCUGUGUAAUUACAUUAGUUAGCAUAGCAAAUAGUUAAACUAGUUAGUUAUUAUAACGCCACCAGGGCCUGUAUACCAAUAUUAUGAUUUUUCUGAUAGU